AAGAAACAAACCGCAGAAACCGACCCCCGAAAGUGACAGAAUGAACCGGCGAUAAAGGCAGUGGAACGGCUGCUGCUGUGUAUCAAUUCCUCCCCCAUUCUGCCCCUCGUAUGUUCAUUGCUCCCCUUUGAACCCCUUAAUUCACCAUCAUGGACCCUAGUUAACCUCGCUGGUGACUCCAUAAUGGUCCGGUGGGGCUGUUAGUGCGAGAGAGCGGGAGAGAACCCGGGGGUGAGAGGACGUCGGGAGGGCGACGGGAACCACGACAUCCAACAUGGCUUCCUCCACGAGAGGAAUCCAGAUCGGGUCGGCGUGGUUUCAGAGGAAGAUAAAGCUAAGACCGCAGCACAGGGGCAUCCACCUGGUCACGGACGAGAUCCUCAAGGAGAUCCCGGAGCUGCGACAGUUCUCCGUGGGCCUGCUUCACGUUCAAAUUCUUCACACAUCCGCCAGUUUAGCGCUGAAUGAAAACUGGGACCCAUAUGUUAGGGAUGAUAUGGAGAUGAUGCUCAAUAAAAUAGUGCCUGAGGGGAUGCCUUAUCGACAUUCCUGUGAAGGCCCCGAUGAUAUGGUGGUGGAAGUCUACAUGUUUACUGUGAUGUUGAUAUUGUUCCUUGCUUUUUCCACGCUCUCUUCACCUAUCCAGCCGGCCCACGUCAAGGCGUGCUUCAUCGGUUCCUCUCUGACCCUACCAAUUUCAGAGGGAAAGUUAAACCUCGGAACUUGGCAGGGUAUCUGGUUAUGUGAGCACCGGAAUGACGCUGGCCCUCGCAAAAUAGUCGCCACUAUCAACGGCUGCCUAAGGGACGGACGGACUCCCGUCUCUCCCAUGUCACCAAUGGCGUCAACCAGCAGCUAGAGGAACAUUAUGGCAUCCAAGGGGUGCCAUUAACGUUCACUUGGCCAUGCAGGGAGUGCCAAAAGGAACCCUGUGUCAGUGGCCUAUCCCCAUCAAGGAUUGGCUGCCAGCCUUCUCUCUCCUGCUGCGGCUCCUCCUCCGCCCCUUUGUUGUGAAUGUGCCAUUAUUAUGGUUAUUUUGCCAUGUUUAUGUCAAGGGUAAUCUUUUUUAGUUAGUUUUGUUAUGAUUUUGAAGUGUUUAAGUACUAUACUGUAUAAUGUUCUUUCUGUAAAUCCUGACUUAGUGAUAGUUUUAACAUUUCCAGUUCUUAUAGUUUUUGAAUGUUUAAUAAUUGUGCAUAUGUUUCGUUUUUGGUUCAUGCUUCUUAACUAUUUGGUUUUGCAUCUUGAUACACAGUUACAACUGGUAUUGUACUCACAGGCAAAGCAGAGGUCUGCCAUUGCCUGCCUUUGGGCGUGAGGUUGGGGUCAAGGGGUCAGUUGCCGGGCCAGUCAAGUACACACUGGUACAAACCAAGUGAAGGUUUUAAUAUUGGUGAACAAUUAUGUAUUCUUCAGUGAAGGAUAUUUUGACACUUGAACCACAGCUUUUUUGUUGUGAUUUUUCAUACUUUUUUGAAACAAUAGACGUGUACGUACUUGCAAGUUCAUGUCUAGCACCAAGUAAAUCUUUCUUGGGAGUCCAGGAGUUGGGUUCAGUGAAUUGAUGUGUGAUGCUCUCAAAGAGGACCCAGAGACUAAUAACAAAUACUUGAAGUAAAAUAAGAAACUCCCAGUGGGUGCGUUACCCCAUGGGUGGAAACACCCAGCAUAUCAGCAGGACCAGCAGUUCCCGGUGCAGGCCGUGUCAUUGCUAUGAUGACCUCAGGCACCGUCACCAGUUAAAGUGUGAUCUGAUUGACAUACAGUAUAUGGGACUUUUUUCAAGAUGUCUUUCCAUAGUUUAUUAUUUCCAACUGUAUGCAAAUGGAGUAAACGGUGUUGGAUGAAGCUGGCGUUGUCAUUGGUGGCAGGUGAUUGGACGACAUCCGCCCAGUUUGGUAGCACUUGUUGUUCUCCCCCUCCUUGUGGGUGUUGCAGAGGAAUGUUUGGGUAUCUGGCAUACUGGAGAUGGGUAACCCUUACAGCUGACUUGAUCGCCUAUUUUGAGCUUGUAGUCUAUUAUUUCGUAUCAUGUAGAUAAUGGCAUUUUAGCAGAGUUUGUCAACUCUCAAAAUUUUCACGCAUAUUAGAAGUGUGCAUCGCGGUACACAAUAGCUCUUCAUGAAGUUCAAGGCUCGAUCAAGUCAUCUGCAUGGCAUGAGUCCUUUAUGGUCAACUCCAUAAUGCCAUAGGUAGGAACACUAGGGCCUUUUAUUAUUACAAUACGGCACUCAGAUGGUCACGGAUGGCUUUAUAGAUUUAUAGGUUUAAUUCACCCGUUUUCAAAGACUUUUGAACUUCAACGAAAGAACCUCACAUGUAAGAAACUAGUUCAUUGUUUGCCAUUCAUUAGAUUCACUGCCAUAAAAAAAAAGGGAAUCAGUUGUAGCAAAGUGCUUUUGACGUUCCGUGUGAGAAGAAAAAGAAAGAAAAAUGAGAUAUUGCUGGAGAUGAGUCUUUGCAGACUGUUGAAUGGAAAAGAGAGAUUCUUUACUUAAGAAAUGAGAGUUCAAAUUUCAAAGAAAUAUUACUUCUGAGUAUACAGAAUUAUGGAGGGAUCAAUGCAGAGUUAUCCGAGUAGCAACAGACAGAAAUGCACAGCAACCAACGAGCCUUACAUGUAUAAAGUUUUGAAAAAGAUUCGUUGUUAUGAAGUUUUUAUGCAAGUUUAUUUAAAUGAGCUAAUUGUAUUAUAUUUCUAUUUAUGCUUGUAUCAUAUGUUUAUGACAGUUAUUAAUGUUUUUUGUGAAUAUUGUACCUAACGUGAUAAACUAAAUGAUUUUUCCCUUUGUAUGCUAAAGAGCUGCAGAUUACAAAGUGAAGGCCAUUUGCUUAGAAAAAUCAAAGGAGCUUGUACAAAUUCAUGUCUGAUAAAGGGCUGCUCACCUCUUUUAAAGUAACCCCGAAUAGUUACCUGCAUUUUACAAAAUAAGAACCCAUAUGUAACACAUUUAAAUUGUUUCUCACCUAAAAUGAUUGGUUUCACAUCCAAGAUUUCUGUGUUUAUAAUUGCUGAUAUGACUUUUCUUUUUACUACUUUCAGUACAUACUCUAGAUAAUUGAAUUACUUAAGGAUUGUAAUAUUCUCGCUCCCCCUCUCAAGUUUUGUGCAUCACCCACAUCAGUCAAAUAGUAAUCGUUAGUUCAGCACGUCAUCCCAGCCAUGCCCCUCUUUUUCCCUAUUACCUGGUCUGCAAUGCACUUCAGUUAUCCAAAAACCACCUUAGAGAGAGCACACUGCCUUUGUAAUCGCAGCCUCUUUAGCAACUCAUUUUCAUUCCAGUGUAAAAAAAGGAAAAAAGAAAAAAAACUCCCGAGGAGAAGUUUGGUAGUGAUAAGUUUGUUUUUAUUUUGUGUUGUACUUUAAAAAAAAAAAAAAUUCAUUAUUAGUCUCUUUCUCAAAAUGUCAUUCAUGCUUUUAAUAUUUAGUGCAGCUUGCAUGAUUAUAAGGCAGUGUCACGGGGUUUGAAUUUUUAUAUUAAAAGUGAAUCUGUGUACUGGUUAUCUUUCAAUUGAUCUUUUUUAUCGUUUUUUAUUGAGGUAAUUUGGCACUUUGGCAAGUAGCAAUAGUUUUGAAUUCAUUAUAGAGAGUAUGAAAGGUCACCAUGUCUUUAUGAAUUUUCUGUUACAUUUAGUUAUACAUAUUUUUUGUUUCAAACUUUCUAGUUAACAUUCCCAUUAACAUUUUUAUGGUGGGGUACUUCAUUCUUAUAUGCAAGGUAUAGUAAAAGUAAAAUGAUGCCGUUAAGAUGAUAUCCGAGUCUACUUGGCAUUUGAGUUUAACAUGUUUAAAGGCUUCCAUUACUAAGGUGACUAACAGAUGAUGCAGGCUUCCCUAUACUACUACAAAAGUUAACCUUCUUUUGGGAAAACAAACUUACACAAGAAGGCAUAUCGUAGCAUCAAACACCCAUUCAUUAUAAACUAUAUUUAAGUAAUAUUUAUGCUUUUGUGAAUGAUUCUAAUCUUAGUAACUUUUAUGGAAAACUCAGGGCAGGAUGGAUUCUAUUUUUCUUGAAGGAUCUUUACAGAUUUUAUUUUACAGUGGGCAGCUCGGUUCUCAGUCAUAUGAGUGUAAUACUAUAUUAAAACACAGGCAUACACAGUGUGCUAAGCAUCUAGGAUAAGAUAUGACAUGCGGUACUAUUGUAAAGAUGAGGUGACCUUUCAGCCCUUUCUGUUUUAGUGAUGAGCAGUUGGAGCCUUCUUAAUCACAGCAAAGCCCUUAUAUAUCUUUUAAAAGAUUAAAUAUGCAAUGUUUGUAUGAAAUUUUUUAGCACACACAUUUGCACCAAUACAAGAGCGAGAGGCUCACCAUCACACUGGGGCAGCUGGUAAGCAUCACUUGCAGGUCUGUCUUUUGAGUCUUCUAAAUCUGGACUAUUAAAUUGUAAAUGGAUUAAUUUAUCUGAUCUAUUAUGUAUUGAAUCGAACAAAAUUUUAUGAGGUGUGACUUGUGUCUAAAAUGGUAUUUUCCUUUGAUUCCAUUUUGACUUCCUAUUGUGAUGGUGUGACUUCCGUUCCAGGAGUUUCCACGGUGGAAGAAAAACUCGAGUAAUGAGUUAAGGCACCUUUUCACCCCACUGGCUUUUUCACACACACCAAAAUAAUAAGAUAGAAAUAAAAAAACGUUGAAAGUAGCUGGCAACAUCAGAUCAUCAGAGCUGGUUAACUGCUGGGGCAGGGUUACAAAAGAAACUUUGGCAUCAAUAACUAAACUGUAGUGAAGGUUACUUCAACUGCCUUUUUUUAUUAUGGGUAGUUGAAACCGACCUCAGACUAUUUGCAGUUGCCAGUUUUGAGAUUAUGCUGCAAAUUGCUGCUCUCGUUGAUGCAUUUUAGUAUAUAUAUAUAUUUUUUUUUUGAGUGAAAGGCAACAAUAAUACUCUGAGGCGCCAGUUUUGGGUGCAAGCAAUGGAAGGCAUAUCAGUUGUAUUGAAAAACUGUUUCUCUCCUUCUUUUUAAUUAUGUCUCCUGAAAUGAUCUCUUGGUGAUGUAGUAAUGUACGUUAUUACAUUACAGGUGAACAACAAUCUUAAGCUGUUGAUAUACUUGUUGUAGGCCUCAGAGGCCAAGUAAAUUUGUGUACUUUUGCCCUAAAAGGUCAAGAUGUUGAGAGAAGAAUUCAAAUGUUGAAUGCAAAGUAAAAUGACAAAGCACCAGCUGUGUUUCUUUGGUGUUUAAGGAUUCAUCACGGAUUGUUUGACACAGAUUAGGGCCGAUAGAUUUGAAUUGUUAGUUGCGAAAAGGUCUGUGAUAAAAACCUUCCAUUUAAUUUCAGCUGAAACUAUCCUCAGGCAUAAGUGUGAGGUGGUUUGCAAAUUUACCUUAUGAUGUAGAAUUUAGUUAGUGUGUAUACAGAAUGCCAUGAAUUACUACUGAUGAAGUAAUGUGUUUUGUAAUAAUCUGUCAAGAAUUUUGAGUUCUGUUAUGGACAUGCAUUUAUAGUAUACAUUCCUGUAUUGACAUCUUUUAGUGAUGCAUUUUAUAAUCAUCAGCACACAGUACUUUCAGAGCUCUGAAGUUGUAAAACCAACCCCCUGAUUAAGUUUUGUUAAUUUUAAGUUACAUUGCAAAGUGUCCUCUUUUUCUUCUACGUACCAGGUUUUGUAAAUUGGGUGUUCAGGGCUGUCAGAUAUAUUUGGUGGGAUUUUCUUCAAGUUUUCUAUUUUUAUGGUAAAAUCACUGGACAGAGUGGUAACUAGAUUUUGAGUUUUAUAGGUUAAGGUUUAUAUACUGGAUCCUAUAAAUAAACCCAAACCCAACAGUGCAGAAAUUGAGUUACCAUUUUUUCCAGUGACUAUUUUUCAAUACAUAUUUAAUUAUUGUAUAAUUAAUGCUUAUGGUUUAUCACACAGUUCUCUUGUUCUUUUUCUAUAACUGUAACAUUUCAAAUUUAUUGUCUUUCUCUUGUAUUUUUUCUUCUUCAUUACUGACCACAGAAUGGAAAUAGAUUUUCCUGUGUGCAAACCUACCGUACUUCUUGUGUGUAAUUUCAGUUGUGCAUUCUGUGUGAACACCUUCAUUUGUUCUUCUUAAGGUAGAAAAUUUAUGAACACCUCAUAUCUCUGUUGCUGCUUGUAUUAAGGGCUAAAGUUUUUUUAUGCAGUUUUCAAUUUAAAAAGAAUGAUUGUAACACCUAUUUUAAGGCUCUACCUGUUAACUUUUAUCAUAUUAGCAUAGCAGUACUACUCGUCAAAUUUUUCAAAGUGCUCCGUUUGUAUUCUUUAGUGCACUUGUCAUGUUACGUGUUGGGAAUUCAGCAGCAUUCUUUACAGUUACUAAAUUUAUUACUUGAGUUUGCUCAUGUAUUUUUAAUACACAGUUUGUUUAGGGUACUGUUACUGGGGGGAUGUGAUGAUGAAGCAGAUUUUGGAUUGAUGAGCAAAUUGGAGUUGGUGGACUCCCAUCAUGUAACAUGUUACCUGCAAUUAAAGUCACAUGGCAAGUUGAGCUCAGUUAAGUCUUGGUGGUUAAUGCAAAGGCCUCGCUUGAGUCUUGUCGCAAUAUUUCUUUUGUUCAGUGGACCUUGGGCUACACUCUCCUGACGUAACGUUACGGCUAUUGGUCAGUAAGAAAUCUAUUUUCUGAGCACAAUGUAAUAAGAAAUAUAUUGAAGGUUAGACGUCUUAAUUUCCUUGUGUUUUGAGCUCUUGUGCCAUCGUGGUAUCAAUAUGCUAUGGGUGACAUCAGCCUCAGUGUUUCAACUGGUCCAGAUGAUAUUUAGAGUCUCCUUUGAAGCAGAUGGCUUCAGUAUUCUAAGCGUUUGGAAAUUUAGAGAUAGCUAAGGUUAGUUUCGUAUUUUGACACCGUCAUCACUGCUCUGUGUAGAAAAAAGAUUCAUGCAUAUUAUGAUAUUUAGGUGGCUUAAAGUUUUUUUAUCCACUAACUGUUUUAAGAGUUAAACGUGAUAACAAAUAGCUAAUCAAAAACUCUUAAGUCUUGUAAAUGUAAAAUCUUUUGAAUUGAAAUUCCCUUUUAUAUUUCUGAUAAAAGUAAAUUGAGUAAUCUGUAAGGUUAAGGUGUUUUUAAGUUAUUGGUUAUUUGUUAGCUAUGUCUAUUCAUGACUAGAGAAAAAAACUUUUGUUACAUUAUUUCUUUUGUAAUAUCCUUCAAGAGCCCUAAUAGUGUAGAAAUCAGAAUUUUUUUAUGUUGCGUCAUUUUAACAUUACUACUUCAUGGAGGUUGAUGUAAUUGUCCGUAUUAGAAGGUACCUCUAUCUUCCUUCAAUUUCAGGUGAAGAUUUGGUUGAAUUUGAACAUUGUGUCUCAUCAUUAUUCUUGAUUUUAAAGGGAAUAUCCAUACUGAGGAAUACUCUGAAUAUCUUUGGAACAGCUACCAGCAUUUAAACCAGAGGCUGAUGACCCCAGGUAUUUAUGGCUACAUUCAUUGUACAUUGACAUUGUAUUAGGAAGUGCUUGCGGUGAUUUUUCAAUUUCCAUAAGCCAAGGGAGCUAGGGUCACGGCCAUGGCUGCCAGGUCAGACCAUAAUUUACAUGGUUGUAAUACUGCUAAGUUAUGGCUGUGGCCAUUAGUACCUGGUAUUUUUUUUCAUGUUCUAUGCUAGGUUUUGGCACUCUUGAUACCAUAGAAAAAGCAUCGCAGGUGUACUGGUGGCUGAAAGUUGAGCAGCAGCUUUUAGUAUUUGUAAGUUGGUUAUCAGGUGAGACCUUCCUUCUAUUUACACACACUAACACACACUAACACACACACACACACACACACACAUGCUUAUCCAAAUGCAUUUUGGAGCACUAGAACCACAUGCACACUUGAGUGAAUAUUUAGGUGCCCCUUGUACCAGAAAACUGCAGAAUUGGGCAUAUUUAAGCUAGUUCUUUUGCAUUCAUCCAUUGACAGAAAUGAAGCUAAGGGCAAUAAUUUUGUUGUUUUGUGUCCUCUGAAAAAAUAUACAUAUGGCCUUGUAACUGUUCAAGUCCAGAAAGGUCUGUUGAAAUUAAGUUCAAGCUGUUUUAGCAUAUCAGUAUGAAAAAGAAAAAGCUUGCUAUUCUUUUUGAUAAAUGCUAUGCAUCAGCAUUUGAUUAUAUGUACAGUUAUUGAAAUCACAUGAUAUACAUGAUGUAAGGUAUGUGAAUUGUUCUCUAAGGGUUAAAGGUGCAAUAUACAGUACAUAUAUUUUAUAUUGGAGUUGUUAUACAAUUUACUAGUAGCCAUGAUACUGUCAGGCAUGUACUAUAUUUGUAUUGAGAUUUAUUCAUAUUCAAUGACAUUGGUGCAUUUAUUGAAACAUUAUUUCUCAAAAAGAUGUUUUCAAAAGUAUGUUACAAAACCUAUACAGGAUCUUUUUUUACAUUUUUUUUUCUGUUGUGUUAGUGUUUGAAGAGAAGUUGUAAUGUUGAAAAAGGUUUUCAGACACUUUCAUACAAGCAUGGUGUUAUAGGUCUUAAGGAUGCACUGUCAAGAAAACUGUCCACAUACUUACCUGAGCUUGGUAUGUAAAAUGUGCAGUGUCACGCAUUAUGUGAUUCGAAAUUGAUAUGAUUUGGAGGUAAAUUUUUAAUUUGGCCCAGAAUGUACCACAAGAGAGAGAAUCAAAUUUGAGACUUAUUCCUGAUGGGUGAAUAUUAGCUUCUUCCAAAUAUUAGUCAUUGCUUCCAUAUUUAUUUGCCAAAAGAUAAGGAAGUCAAGAGAGGAUCUCUUCCAGUAAUGAAAAGAUUUUGGGGUUGUCGCUUCCCAUGAACGUGUAUUAAGGGGCUUGUUUCCUUUAAAGUCCCGCUUGUGUGCUCUCCAUGAUAAUGGUGCCAUUGUCUGUACUGCUUCCAGCCACCGCCUGUUGUACAUGCUUGGAUGAAGAAGUGGGACAGGCCUACAUACAGCUCAAUAUAUUUUUCAGCCGGAAAAGAUGUUUUGGUUUUUAUUAUUCUUUCCUUUGUUUUCACUUUUGAUGUAUAUAUUAUAUAUAUAUUUGAAGGAGUGCUUCAUACUUGAUUGUUCUUAUAAAAAGAAACUUUUAGGGAAGAAUUUUGGAGUGUAGUAGGAUUAAAGUCUCAAAAACAGAAUUCCUAAAAGGCCAUAGACAGUGAUGGAAUUCUCUUUCUUCCUUUUAACCUCAACGUCACUUUUCCCUCUGUGUCUUCCUUGGCAUCCUUUAGAUUUUUCUUUCUUCCUAGUAGUUAUCAACUUUUUUCCUCCUCCUCCUCCUCAGCUGUAAUUACCCCUGCGCUUGACCAGGACAGAGUGGUUCAUUUGGUAGUGCUUAAGUGGAUUUGUUGGUGAGAGUAGUCUUCCUAAAGAGAUCUUGUCAUGUUCAAUAAAAGAACCACAACUCAAAAUUGCAUAACUAAACUUCAUUUGUUAUAUACUGUACUUCAGAGGUUUACACACAGUUUACAUAUAUAUGAAUACCAUAGGCUUAAAGUUUAAUCAUAUUAACAUUUGUGCUAAGGCAAGUUGACAUUAGUGAAAGCGAAGCUAGUGGGAAUUGCACAUGAGGGAUAUUGAUAUUAAAAGCCAAGCAAGAAUCUAAAUAGUUAAAAAUUCAGUCAUUUGGAAUCGCUUGUCACUAAUUUUGAGGAGGAUCUUGUCGAUGGGUAAACUUUGUCAAGAGCAUGAAGGUCCUUGGCCCAAAACCUUGAUCAUAUGUUACAGACUUUUAGUGCCUCCUGACCUCUGUAUCAUUUCCUUUGUUCUUUAGGGGGAUGAAGAGUGGAGGCCACUUAUGACCCUUUGACUUUUCCUUACUGUAUUUGGUUUUAUUGCUUUCUCAUUUGUUAGAAAUGUUUGCUACGUUUGUUCACCCAUUCUUUAGACCCCUCUUUUGCUGCCUGUGUCGACACUUGAACCAUAUAUAUAUAUAGAAUAUAUGUGGCCCUGCCCACAAAGAUUACCAAAGGUACUUAAAUCAUUGUACACUAUUGUUCUGUAAAUAGUUUGCUAAUGCAAGCAAUGUGAAUAGUGUAAACUAUACAGGAAACCUUGAGAUGCCUCAGUUACUUUUUCCUAUUGUCAUUGUCAUGGUCAGUUAUUCAUUGUAGAGACUGCAGGUGAUGAAAGUCAUUCUUUGUUCUUAGGUGUAGGUUGAAAGUGUUGUUUUCCCAGUCUUUUAUCACAUUAUAUUUAUAUAUUCAUACUCUGUGAAGUAUGCAUAAACAACUACAUCCCUGUUGAAUGUUAUGAUUUUUUAUAAUUAUGUUGUAAGGAAAUAUUUUUUUUAACUAUCAAGAUGCAUGUUAUUACUUAUAGUUUGUAGCUAUAUUUUGUUUUUGUUUCUUUUGUCUUGGAUGUUAGGAAUGUUUUUUUUUUUUUUUUUUUUUUUUUUGGGUGGGUGGGGACACUGAAGUUGGUGUGAUCGUUCCUUUAAUUUUAAAAUAGUAUAUGGUUGAUUUUACUGUAUUUUUUGUAUUGAAAUGGUGAUGUUGAAAGUUUAAGAAAGUUAAUUAAAUUCUUAGGAAAUU